AUGCGUUCCGUGGUUUCUGUAGCCUCCCGCCAAAGCGAAAACCCAGAACUGACGCCUAUCGGUUCCCAUGGCCAGCGUGGCACGUCUGUUUCACGUACGAAUCUCACAAAUUUGAUAGCCAAUGUAAACGGAAAGACAAAUAACAUUGCUGGGGGAGCGAAGAAUCGUCGACUGGGAAACUUGGGUAUUGGUGGAUUUCGCGCAAAACCUGGACGUGUUUCACAGACCAAAAAGAUUCAGCUAGCCGUGGCUUCCGAUCCAUUUAACCAGUCGUCCAUCUACGGAUCUACAAAUAAUCACACCGAUGGAAUUUCGUCGGGAAAACGUCGAAAGGGCGGUAAACGCAAACCGGAUUUGGAAGACAGCUAUCCGGACUAUCUGAUGGAAGCUUUUUACGGCGCCAGUUUGUUCGCGGCGAAAAAGAGACAGUACAAUCGCAAAAGACUAGCCCUGGAUCGAAAGCAUAGAUCAGUCGAUUCCAUCGGAUCCGCGUCUGGCCAGUCACAAUUACGCCCUUCUAAACAGGCCUCCGGGGCUCGAGGUUCUCAUUUGUCGAAGGGUCAUCCAUUUAGUGGUCGUGGUGUGCCCGUUGCACGUGGUGCUCGUUCCACAGAUACUCGGACUUCUCACGAUUCAGAUCAAGCUGAAUGGAUGGAGCGUAUGUCUGAUGGACAUGACGUGCAUGGAGAAGAAGAAUAUGAUAUGGAAGGUGGAGAUGAGUUUGAAGAGGUGGAUGAUAUAGGGGAGGUUGGAGAAGUCGAAGAAGAUGAGGAUUUCGAUGAACUUCGUGACCUAGAUGACGAACUAGCCGAACCAUUGGAUGUAGUCGGUGAUCAUAAUGAGGAUGACGAACAAGAAAGUUUACGUACCGGUGAUGGCACAUCAUUGGCUGAAUCAUCCUCAGAAAUCAAUCUGAACGGAGCCGGUUUGGUUCAGAACGUCAUGAUGAUUGGACAGAAACAAUCACAUACAUUGUCCCGUACGAGUUCUUUGAAUGAAAUUCCGAGCGACACGUUGUUAUUCCAGGAUACGCAUUCCUCUUCCAUGCUAAGUACGAAACCUGUCCACCGCGCGUCGGGGACACCUACCCCAACUGCUGUAGGUUAUCCGGAUCAGUUACAAUCCGCUCAGUCUCGACCUAUGUCAUCCCAGUCGUCGAUUCCGAUCCAAAUUGGUUUGACCACUGAACAUUUCGCUCCACAUAAUUCUGAAAAUCUGGCUGCUCGCUAUGCCCUUUCGAAAUCCCAAUUCCAAUCAACCAAUGUUAAUCAGGAACAAAUUAUCAUUUCAUCACCUGUUUCCGCAACUAAAUUGUCUGCAUCGAAUCCGUCUUCUCAAAUAGCGAGUCGGCAAACCACGCAGUCUUCCAUUGAAGCGGCAUCAAGUUUGGAUGAGGUCACGGAUUUGAUGUUCAUGGAGGACUAUUUGUUGGAUAUCGCGUUAGAGCCGACAGAUGACAAUGAAACGAGCGAAAGUACCGGGAUUCCAAACAACACAACAACAGCUUUUACGGAACAACGCGUUAUUUCUCAGACAAACGAUAGUGUGACUUCGGCUGUACACAUGACUCAACAUCCGCAGCAACAGCAGGUGCCCUCACAACAGCAACAAAUAGCUGCUCAAAUUCCAGCCCACCUUCGACAACAACACUUGCAACAACUACCACCAAAAACAUCACAAAAAUUGGGGAUACCACAAUCUCCAGGGCAAGCGUUGAUCCCCCAGGCGAACAGACAAUCAUCACAGUUGGUUCGGGUCGCACAACCGACUCCCCAUACUGGUGCUCCGGGUGGGAACUCAGAUUUAGUGUCACAGGANGUGUCCAUGCGGCUUUCUGUCGGGCCUGAGAUAUCUCAUGCGACACAGUCGGAGUUGACUAUGUACAGAGAUUUGGAGCCACAAUCUCGUGUUACAUCUCAUUUGGAUCGACGAUCUCAUCCAACCCUUGAUGCUGCUCAUGUUUCAGAUGCGGAAAGCCGCUUGACUGAAUCGGUUGAUCCCGAUACUCUUCUGGGUCAUCAAUUGAGUUCUCCGGAGAUCAGACACAUGGGUAGUACUAGAGCACCGGAUUCUCAGCUACAGCGAGCAGUAUCAUAUCCUGGAUCUGGAGCAGCCUUAUUGGGUCCCUCUCGUCUAGCCGACCUAGUCGAACCGUCUUCGUAUCCUGCCCCAAGCCCAAACGUUUCAUCGACCGCUGUUAGUGUAGCUGCUGCACUCGAUACACGUUCCUGUUCUCCUGGUAUUGACUCUAACAUUUCUCGGCGCUCGGCCACUCCGAAUGGGCAUGGACGGUCAUCAGUAUGUGCGGCUACUGCUGGUCAACUUCCAGAACUGUCGGUUAGUGACAUCGAAACCCAACUGGGACCCACUCUCGGUUUUGAACUGAACGAUGUUUUCAAAGGUUUAACCCAGAAUGACGGUACCAAUGCGUCGACUUCUGAGGGAAGUCCGAAGGAGAUCAGCAUCGUUCCACCAUUCGGCACAGAUAUCGUCACCUCACCCCCGGAUAUGAUCGGUCAACGACUAAUGCAACAGCAGCAUCCCCAACCCACUGCACAGCCACCUCCAACCGCAUCGCGGUAUGGUGCGUCCAAACCAGCUAGCCACAUACUUUCUACCACUCCCGAACAACAAGCUCGAAUAGUGCAUUCUCAACCUCGCCUUUUAGACCAAUCCGCCCAGGAGGUAGAUCCGAUGACAAGUAAUCUUAAUGCUCAGACUCCGCCAUUGCAGAGAACUUCACCUGCUGUUAGCUCACAAACACAGCUACAGACACAACAGCCACAACAAAUGCAAAUGCAACAACAGCAGCAACAGACGGUACAACAGCAACAACAGCAUUUGAAUCAUCAGCAGCUCACACAACAACAGUACGACAUCCAAGGUGCUCGUGUACAGAUUCGUGGCUCACAACCGUCCUAUCUGUACGCACAUGUGGUUUCCGCCCCCGGUCGCGUCAUACCUCAGUCUGCGAAACCUCGACCCGCUCAACCUCGUAUGGUCAGUUCACCAGGUCUUCCAGUCCAUUCGGUAUCCGGCUCUGGUCAACAACCAGUGCAAAUGUUUGUUGGUGGUAAUCAUCCUCCCAGUGGAUAUAUGGCUCAAGCUUUACAGUCCAAGUCCCCACAGGAGCGUACCCCUCCACCACCACCGCCCUAUCCCUCACAAGGUUUGAGACCGGCUUCUGCAAUGUGGCAACAGCAACAACAUCAACAUACUCAACAAACCCGUGUAUACACUCAAGCCGCGACAGCUCAAGGUGGAACUAUCGUUAUUUCUGCUCCCAGUCAGAAUCUGACUCAUCAAUCGCCCAAUACGAACCAGAUAUUUAUGUCACCACCAUCGACUCCAUUGGCUUUUCAAACUGCAUCCCAUGUGGUUCCAGUAACCGGUACUCCUCACGGUGCAGGUCAGGCGGAACAAAUUCAACGGGUCUCAGCGCAACCGAAUCCUCAUGCACGUCCUGCCACUGCAGCGGGUACCCACCACGUAGUGAUGCAUGGUCAGCCUGGUUUAUCGCCACACCCAGGUCACCUGCAGCAUCCAGGUGUUGGUGAUCAAUCUGUUGGUCAUCCUACUCGACCCAUGUCAUUUGCUGGUGUGACUCAAGUACCUCAAGGUCAUCCGGCUAAUCAACAGAUGUCUCCCGGCGUGCUUCGGUUUACCACGGGAACAGACGAAGUGACACUCCGAGGCUCUAGCGAUACUCAUUUAGUAUCAAUGCUUAAUCCAGGUUCCCCAAGGCUGUCAACUAGCCAGUCGGGUCUUGCCCAGGUUGGUGCGCCUCAUCGAGUGGCCCAGAUGGCUGUACCCCCAAAAGCAGUUGGAAUCGGUGGAAACCAGAGUCCUGCACCAUUACCUCCAUCGGCUACUCCAUCAUCCAGUCGACGUAUCAAUUAUAACAAAUGGGAAGAGGAUGAGCGCUUGGGAAGUCAAUCCACCAUUGCUCCUGUGUUGCAUGCUAACGUUUCCCAUCCCACCUUACGUCAACAUGUACCACAGUUUGCUGCUCGCGCAAAAGAGAUGAGCAAAUUGUGGCGUCGCUUGUCCAGCGAGGAACGUGGAACUUGGGUGACUAAAGCGCGCAACAACCGAACCAAUCUGAAAGGUAGUCAAACACCUCAAGUGACGUCCGGCGUCACGCUACACAUGCCUUCCACACCAACCGGCUCUACAACCACCGAUCAAAUGGCUGUAGAUGACCCCGGCUCGAUGUCAGUUGUACAGCAUCGCGUCUCUUUGGGGUCACACGGUGUUAUGACAGGAUCCGUACCUGCAUUGUCAAUGCCGGGGCACAAUUACCCGUCGGAUCCAACUAGUCAAGCCUCCCUGGAACAAAUGGAGACUAACACGGUGCCAUUCUCUUCAACUCCACCUUCUACAGUAUUUACGCCAAUGCAGAGAGCGGCGAGUAGCGAGGUACAAUCUUUCAAAUUUUCUAGUUUCUGCUAA